AUGGCGACGCUGCCGCCGGAGCAGCGCACGCUGCGCGCGGCGCUGGACCAGCGGGGGCUCGCGGAGCCGCUGCUGUCGUCCUACCGGAGCGACGGCCACCACGAGGCGCGGGGCGAUGGGCCCCUUCGGCGGGCGGCGGGGGCGGUGUGCGCGGCCGGCAGGGAGCUGUGGACGUUCUCGCGCAAUGACCCCAGGAAGCCCGUGUACGCGGCCAAGGUGGCCACGGCGCUCGCUCUCAUCACGCUGCUCGUCUUCCUCCGCGAGCCAAGCGACAUUGUCAGCCACUCCGUCUGGGCCAUCCUCACCGUCGUCGUUGUCUUCGAGUUCAGCAUCGGUGCAACCUUGAGCAAAGGCCUUAAUAGGGGAUUGGGGACUCUGACGGCAGGCGGGCUUGCUCUAGCAGUUGCUGAAUCGGCAAGGCACAUGGGCGACCAGGACAUAGUGUUUCUCAUCAUCACCACCUUCGCCGUUGGAUUCGCUACAACCUUGAUAAAGGUGCACCCCCAGAUGAAGCUGUACGAGUACGGGCUCCGCGUCUUCCUGCUCACCUUCUGCUACGUCACGGUGUCCGGGUACAACACGGGGGAGUUCGUCGGCGGCACGGCCGUGAGCAGGUUCCUGCUCAUCGUCAUCGGCGGCGCCGUCAGCCUGGCGGUGAACAUAGGCAUAUACCCGAUCUGGGCGGGAGAGGACCUGCACCACCUGGUGGCCAGGAACUUCGCCAGAGUCGCUGAAUCCUUGGAAGGAUGCGUCGAUGGAUACCUGACAUGCAUGGAGUACCAAAGGGUUCCUUCCAAGAUUCUCACGUACCAAGCUUCGGACGAUCCCCUGUACAGUGGGUACAGGGCGGCUGUCGAGGCACAGACGCAAGAGGAAACACUGCUGGGAUUUGCCAUAUGGGAGCCACCGCACGGGCCGUACAAGAUGAUGAAGUACCCCUGGCAGAGCUACACCAAGGUUGGCGGCGCGCUGAGGCACUGCUCCUUCGCCGUCAUGGCGCUGCACGGGUGCAUACUGUCGGAGAUCCAGUCGGCGCCGGAGAACAGGCAGGUGUUCAGCGCCGAGCUCCACAGGGUGGGCGAUGAGGCGGCCAAGGUGCUGCGGGAGCUCGGGCACCGGGUGAAGACCAUGACCAGGCUGAGCUCGCCCAACAUCCUCUCCGAGGUCCUCCACGCCGCCGAGGAGUUGCAGAAGAAGAUCGACCAGCGGUCCUACCUCCUCGUCAACACGGAUCGUUGGGGGGAGGACACCGCCGCCUCCACCACCACCUGCAGCCGGCACGAGGCAGGAGCCGGAGCCUCCAGGGACAAUGAGGCGCCGCCGCCGCCGUCGGAGCACGCCGUCAUCAUCAACAUCCCUCCAAUGCACGAUUCGGAGUCGAACACCAUGCACAAGUCGGAGUCGAACACGUCGCUCGCCCGGUUCGACUCGGCGGCGUCGUGGGCGGCCAUGUCGUUGGCGGACGGCCUGGCGCUCAAGCCCCAGGGGUCCUGGCACCACCGGAUGCCGCCGUUCCACCCGGGCCAGCCGCUCGAGGCCGCGGAGUCGAGGACGUACGAGAGCGCGAGCGCGCUGUCGCUGGGCACCUUCGCGUCGCUCCUCAUCGAGUUCGUGGCGCGGCUCGGGAACCUCGUCAACGCCGUCGAGGAGCUCAGCGACAAGGCCGGCUUCAAGGAUCCCGUGGAGCAGCCAUCCGUGUUAAGCAGGGAGGAGACUGGUGUUUUUGGCAGAAUGACCAAGUUUUUCAGGCAGAAGAGAUGAUGUGGACGGCAAGAGAAGAGACUAUAUAAAACACUAAGUGAUGGUUAAAGGGUAGCCCGAUGUUGUUCAAUUAGCCAGACUUGGGUGUAUCAAAGAAGCAUGUAGAAGGUCUGAUAUAUACAAGGUAUACAUGUAAAUACAAAUGUGAAAAUUGGAGAAUAUGAAAUGCUUUCUGAUGCAUAAAGUGAAACAGGGUGAGAGGAAUACUCUGUAAUAACCAAAGUUUUUAAAUAACGGUCUCUACUGCAUUUAGCAGGGUCUCACUAAACAACGUCUUUGUACUUAGACUAUUGACCGCUGUUAUAACACUAUGUCACAUCUAGAUGUGAGAUAAUACCUUACAUCUAAUUAUGACAUCAUCACACAUCAGCAGAUAAACAAGAAUCUGUCUAAGUUGGGUCUAGGCUUUUUAGUCUUGGUUGUUUUUUGUUAUUGAUUGGGCUUUAUUGUUGUUGCACAAAACAACAAUAAGCAGGGAGGAGACUGGUGUUUUUGGCAGAAUGACCAAGUUUUUCAGGCAGAAGAGAUGAUGUGGACGGCAAGAGAAGAGACUAUAUAAAACACUAAUUGAUGGUUAAUGGGUAGCCCGAUGUUGUUCAAUUAGCCAGACUUGGGUGUACCAAAGAAGCAUGUAGAAGGUCUGAUAUAUACAAGGUAUACAUGUAAAUACAAAUGUGAAAAUUGGAGAAUAUGAAAUGCUUUCUGAUGCAGUAAAGUGAAACAGGGUGAGAGGAAUACUCUGUAAUAACCAAAAAAUUUAAAUAGCGGUCUCUACUGCAUUUAGCAGGGUCUCACUAAACAACGUCUUUGUACUUAGACUAUUGACCGCUGUUAUAACACUAUGUCACAUCUAGAUGUGAGAUAAUACCUUACAUCUAAUUAUGACAUCAUCACACAUCAGCAGAUAAACAAGAAUCUGUCUAAGUUGGGUCUGGGCUUUUUAGUCUUGGUUGUUUUUUGUUAUUGAUUGGGCUUUAUUGUUGUUGCACAAAACAACAAUAAGCAGGGAGGAGACUGGGGUUUUGGGUAGAAUGACCAAGUUUUUCAGGCAGAAGAGAUGAUGUGGACGGCAAGAGAAGAGACUAUAUAAAACACUAAUUGAUGGUUAAUGGGUAGCCCGAUGUUGUUCAAUUAGCCAGACUUGGGUGUACCAAAGAAGCAUGUAGAAGGUCUGAUAUAUACAAGGUAUACAUGUAAAUACAAAUGUGAAAAUUGGAGAAUAUGAAAUGCUUUCUGAUGCAGUAAAGUGAAACAGGGUGAGAGGAAUACUCUGUAAUAACCAAAGUUUUUAAAUAGCGGUCUCUACUGCAUUUAGCAGGGUCUCACUAAACAACGUCUUUGUACUUAGACUAUUGACCGCUGUUAUAACACUAUGUCACAUCUAGAUGUGAGAUAAUACCUUACAUCUAAUUAUGACAUCAUCACACAUCAGCAGAUAAACAAGAAUCUGUCUAAGUUGGGUCUGGGCUUUUUAGUCUUGGUUGUUUUUUGUUAUUGAUUGGGCUUUAUUGUUGUUGCACAAAAUAGAAAAUAGAAAGGAUAGACAGAAAAACAAGUUGUUCACGGGUGGAUCUGGGCUUCUGGCUACAGCUUGUCUGGUGCCGUGACUAGGCUACAUUAGAGUUUGACAUGUUUGAACCAUUGCAUGUGGCCUCAUGAAUGAACGCACGAAUAAUGGAUCUCCUUGGCGAAAGUAUGAGGCAUCUCGAUGUAGAGCUCGUGAGAAAUGUUGUAACUUUUUUUUCUGAUUUUUCUAUAAACUAUUUGGUGAAAUAAAAAAUUAUUUGCAAAUUUUAAAAGUCCGCGGAUUAGAAAGGAAUGGGAAAUUUGAAAGUUUUCAAGAAUUAAAAAAGUCAUCGAA